GACUGGGACGCCGCCGCGCACCUGCGCGGGUGCGUCGGCGCCGGCAGGCUGACCUGGCGGGACGCGUAUUGGAGGGCUUGGGGCCACCUGCAGCUGCUUCGCUGCACGAGGUGCAAGCGCCACUUCAGCGGCAGCGAGCUGGGCUGCUGCUGGCACCACCCCCGGAGGCCCUCCGUGUGCGCGGACGCCCGCGGCGAGGACACCUACCCCUGCUGCGGGCAGCUCGUGUUCAGGUACGACGCUCCGUGGCACACCUCUGGAUGCUGUGCCCAGGACGGACCACUCCGUGGCGCUCACGGAGAGCUGCUCCCAGGAGGCCGUCGACAAGCUGCUGCGCCAGCGG